AUGGCCAUGACAUCAAAUUAUGAUGGAUCAAAAUCUAAAUUCUUUGAUAAAUCAGUAACAACAACUACUAUAACGACGACCACCGAUAGUAGUGGUAAUAGCAAUAAAACUAAUAAUAAUAAUGGAUCAUAUUCCGAAUUAGAUCAACGUGGUAUUGAUUCAAUCAUAUAUGGCCGAUAUUUAUUAUCAUUAUUACAACAGCAUACAAAUGUUAAUGAGGAUUCCGAUUGGUAUGAUACAUCGAUUGGCAAUAAUAAUAAUGAACUUGAUAGUGGUUAUGAAGGCUCAAUAACGACGAAUAAUAAUUCCAGAUUUAAACAAUUUUCAACAACCCCAGUAGCUGGACGACCUGAAAAACCACGUUAUUGUGAAUCACAUCAACGAUUAUAUCGUGGUUAUAGUCCUAGUUUAUCGUCAUCAUUAUUAUCAUCAUCACAAUUGAAUCCAUUUAGUUUGUUUAAUAAUCGUUCGCCAUCAUCUAAUAUUCAACGGGCAAAAGAUAAUACACAGAAAGCGCCUUCAACAACAAAAUGGAUGCAUAGACGUUAUCGACAGGCCGAUAAUAAAUCGCCAACUAAACAAUAUAAUCGAAAUAAUGUCAACUUUACAGAUGAUGGUAAUCAUAAUGAACAAGACGGAAAUGAUGAUUUUGAUGAUCUUAUGUUGAUCAAUUGUCCGGAUUGUUGUCGAAAAUAUUCGGGUAAAAAAUACUGGGAAAAUGAUUAUCGAAAAUUUUUGAUUGCUAAAUGUUUAAAAUCUGCAAUCGAUAAAGAUAUGAUAGAGACUGAUCUUGAUCAAUUUAUUGAUGAAAUUUCAUUAGGUGGAGGUGGAUCGGCCAUGAUAACUAUGACUACAUCAGCAUCAGCAUCAUCAUCAACAUCUACAUCGAUAUCAUCUGGAUCACGGGCUGGUAGCACCAAUAAAAUGUUCAUAGAUAAUUAUCGUUCACAUCAAUCUUCAUUCGAUGAUUCGGUAUUUAUUGAUAAUAAUAAUGAUAGAUACGGUGAUUUUCAUUCUCAUCAACAACAAGAAUUACAGAAUCAAUCUACAACGAAUUCUGGACAACAAUCGAAUACUGGAAAACCUUUGGUAGUGAAAUUAAAAAGUAAAUUACUGGGCAAUAAAUCACGUACCGGUUUGAUUGUAACAUCAUCCAGUUUUAUGGCCAAUGAUAAUAUAGAUGGUGAUAAUAAUAAUAAUAAUAAUAAUAAUAAUAAUGGUGAUUUACAAUCAAUGUCAAGAUUGACAACAUUGAAAAAAUUGUCCACUGUAGCGAAUAAUAAUUUGAUUAUGACGGCGAACAAUUACAACAAUGAUGAAACAAUAAAUGGUAAAGGAAUGGAAAAUGUUAAAAAUUUGGAACACAAUCACCACCAAUCGAUUGUAACCGAUCCAUUAGUAUCGGUAUCGACAAAUAACAUGAUAAACAAUAAUAAUAAUACUCAUCCGAUUCAUAAUUCGACAUCAUUAUCAUCAUCAUCACCGUUAUUAUCAAAUGUUGUUAUUGGUACUGAACAACAAUCUCAACAAAGUAAACCACCACCGUUACCACCGACGAAUCGAUCUUAUUUUAAUCAUCAAAACCGAGAUUAUCAGCCAUCGUCGUCAAUACCAUUGAAUAAUGGUAGAAAAUUUCAACCAUAUCAAAAAUUAUCAAUCAUUUCAUCAUCAACAUUAACAGGUAGUCAAAAUAAGCAACAACAACAGGAGAAAACAGAUGAUAAUGUUAUUGAGAAUGGUCACAAUCAAACAUUGACCACUAAUGAAGUUGAUAAAAAUUUUUUAGAUGAUAAUGGUGAAAGUGUUGACUCAUUAUUGCCUGAUUUUUUAAAAUCAACACGUGCCAAUACGAUGACAACUAUUCAGCAACAAUCGCCAUUUAACCAGAAACAAUUGGCAUUGAAUAAUGAAAUUGUAGAAAAUUCAAUAUUGAUGGCCAAGGAUAUCGAUGAUGUUGAUGAAAAUGGUAGUACAAAUAUUAAUUAUAACAAUAGUGAUGGUCAUAUAAAAAUGAAAACGGUCGAAUGUUCAAGUUUAAAUCUAUCAUCAUCAUUUAUGAUGGAUAGUCAAAAUGUCAUUGACAAUGAUAACCGGAAAGAUUUUAAUAAUGUUGAUGGCCAACAAAAGCAGCAGCACCAACAACAGGCAUUUGUGAUUAAUGACUUUGAUAUUGUUAAUGAUGAUGAUAUGAUGAUGCCAUUAUCGUCUCAUACAUCAAUAAUGAUGAACGAUAACCAAAAGAACGAUCAUAAUGAUGUUAAUGAUGGUGAUGGUAGCAGCAGCCUUGAUGCAAUUAUAACGGCAGAUAAUACAGUUUCAGCUAUGAUGACAACUCUAUCAACAACAAUAUGGAAACCCAUGUUAAAGAUAGACGAUGAUCAUAUCGAUAAUAUUUUGACUGAUGAUAAUAAACAUCGCAAUAAAGUGGAUGAUUGUCAAAUGAAAAUCAUCAUAAAUAAGUUAUCACAGUCAUCGAUUAUUGAAAACGGUGAAAAAAAUUUUGGCCAAAAAAUAUAG